AGCCAUUUUGGCUCAAGCGGCGGCAGGCGUGGAGCCCUGAGGUCUUGCGGGGGGGAGUCCCCCUGCUGGCGCGCGCCAUGGCCAAUCAGGAGGCCAGCCCAUUGCUGUCGGGGCCCGGCCCUGGGGCAUCGUCCUCGGAGGACUUGAUGAGCAAGCAGAUGAGCGCGCUGGAAAAGAAACGGUAUUUACGAAUGCAGUCUCUCGAAGCUGACUACAGGGAGAAGGGCUACGCGAAUAAUUGUUUCUGGAAGUAUAAGCUCCAGGUGGCUGAAUUCUACAGCACAGACGCUACCCAGUGGAUUGUGGCGGGACUCAUCAUUUCCAAUUUCGUUGCCCAGUGCAUCCAGAGGGUCAUAGACCCUUGCAUGGGCGGAGAGCCGGACUUGGAACACCACGGGAACAUCUGGAAGAUGGUAUCCAAUUUCUUCAACGUGAUCUUCUUGAUCGAGCUCCUGGUCAACCUGUACGGCUGCUGGCUGUGUCCUACGUGGAUAAAGGAUUCAUGGAACCAGUUCGACUGUGUGGUGGUGGCCCUUGGUGUGGUCGACCUGUGCGGGUUUGACUAUCCGGGCCAGCUCCGCCUGCUUCGGAUGCUGAGGGUGUUCCGCAUAUUUCGCCUCUUCGCGCGCUUCGAGGGCUUGCAGCAGAUCGUGUUCUGCCUCAGCGCCUCCCUUCCCGACGUGGGGAGUGCGGCCAUGAUCAUGGUCAUGAUCAUGUGCAUCUUCGCCGUGCUGGCCGUGGACAUAUUCAGUGGCGUCUACAGCGGCGAGGCCAGUGAUAGCGACAAGUGCACCUACGACAGCGGCGACUACGGCAUCUGCCUGGCCCAGUGCACCGAAAACGAGUCUGUCGGCAUCACUCCGCGUGGGCAUUGCUGGGGCUACGAGUAUUAUGGCACAUUUGGAAAGGCUUUUUACACACUCUUUCAGAUAACGACGGGCGAGUCUUGGUCUGAGGCGGGCAUCAGGCCAGCAUUGAUGUUUUUCAGGGGGGACGGUGUGGUCAUCAAGCUUGUGCUGAUGCUCCUGGUGUUCAUGUAUGUGAUCGUGACCUCCUGGAUCAUGUUGAACGUCGUCGUGACCGUCUUGCUGGACAAGUUUUCGUCAUUCGAUAGUGCCUCAACGUCCGACGCUCCAAAGCCGCCCAAGGAUUUGCGGGACGCCUUUGACCAGAUGAAAGCGUCAGUCGACAAGGACAUGGACACUCUGCAAGCGACCAUCGAGGGCUUGGUAGAGGAGCUCAGUAAGAAGAAAAAGUGGUAGAGUGAUAUUCUGCGGUCGCAGAACGGUCUACAAUCGACCCUUAGAUAGAGGGCAUGCGCAUAAAGCAGUGACCGCAAAGCGCAGGUUGCGCCCCUCUCUCCUCCUCCGCUGCUCUUGCUUCACCUUCCUCCUCCUCCCGUUGUAUUUUUUUCACCCCCGCCGGUGCUCUGGAAAGCGAACGAGGGGGCACGACACGCACUUCAGCUCUGGCCCCUUGCGAGCGGAAACCAAAAUCUGUGGUUAUCUAUUUCUCUUCUGAUGGUUCGAGCUGCAGGAAUCAACCCUCGGGUCCGAAAUCAGACGUCGGCCUCCCGUUGGGUGUGAGCCUCUGCGCACGCGCCAGUUAGGAUGAAGAUCUCGUGCGAGCACUCGCCUGGGCAUGCUCAUGUACGGUGA